AUGAGUGUGCAAGAUCUCGUCCAGGUGUACCUGAGUCUCAUCCGCCCUGUCCUGGAGUAUGGGCACGUUCUGUUGGUCGGUUGUAGUGAGGAGCAGGCAGCGAGCAUGGAGAGAGUUCAAAGGCGCGCCCUCCGGAUUAUCUCACGCGGCGGCAGACGUUCCGAACCGACACUGCCGUCCCUGAAGGAGAGGAGAGAGGCCGCUGCUGUGUCUCUCUUCAAGGCCAUGCUGAAUCCUGAACACCCCCUGCACGACCUGGUUCCUGCCCAGAGACAGUCUGUCACAGGAAGAUCGCUGAGGAACAGUCACAACAUCACUGUUCCCCAUGCAAGAACCAAACGGCUGCAACAGUCGUUCCUGCACCACACCAUUAGACUCUACAAUAACCUACCUUGA